GCUUGGCUUUCUGCUAUAUAAAUCCUCAGUGAAUGGAAUAAGAAUGAGACAAUGAGGAUCUCUUUAUGUGCUAGAAAGGACACUGAACUGGGAUCCAGAAAACCUAAGUUCUAGCCUUGACUCUGCAGCUAAUUCACAAUGUGACCCUGAGCCACACAUUCUCCAGUUCUGUGUCUUAGUAAAGUGAGGGGUGGCUGGGCACUCUGAAGCUCAGCUGACUGUGACACACUUCUAUUUCCAAGGUUCCAGGGUUCUAGAACCCUGCUCACCCUUUUCUUUCUUGCUGAUGCAGACUGGUCUGCGUGUGUCUCCCAUGAACAGAGCCGUCCCAGAUGUGUUCCUCGCAGGUGGAGCCCAGGUGCCCCGAGGCCACACUCGCCGCUGUCUUUCUGCUGUUGAAUCCAGAGAACAACUGGAGGAAGAAGAGGCGGGGGAAAUAAAGGAGGGGAAUGGCUCGCAUGCUGUACCCCUCCGAAGGUCGGGGGCUUUCUGGGCCCAUGGCUGCAACUAUGACGUCUUCAAAAGACAUAGUUGGGGGCCUGGCAGGGAGCUCGAGGACCCACUGAGUAGGAGGAGACUGCAAGCGUCGGGAUGCCCAGGCCCCACGGAGGCCCCCUACCUGCAGAACCAAGAAGAACUGGACACCUUUCUGGGACUGCAGCACCAGGGUGGCUACCCUUCCCGGCUGGGUCAGGAUUCCUGUCAUCCAUCUGCUGGCCCUUUGGACCACUCGGCCACUGGCAUGCUUUCCAAGUCUGUAUCCAUGAGUGGCAUCAACUGUCUCUUGGACUGGUCGGAUCCAGAUGGGAAUUUAUCCCAGUCCUCUGCCAUUGACCUCAGGAAACGCUGCAGCCAGCUGGAAGGACAUUCAGGUACCUGGGCAGGCUCCUCCCUGCGACGGACCUUCAGCUUCCUCUUGGGAAUGACUGGAAAGGCCAAGGUAGGAGUCAGCUGGGGAAGCUGGAGGCUUGGGACCCACUGCCCUCCCCAGUUCCCUUUCUCCCACCCCACCACCGCCACCUCCCACCACUCCCCCUAUUAG